ACAGAGAUUUUUUAGAACACACUCUGAAGCGUGUCACUUUAUCCUCGUGAUAGAUUUUUAAUUUGUGCUACUUUAUUAAAGUUGGGGGGUUCUAUUUUGAGAAAAAAUCUUGUUUUCUGAUAAGUUCGUAUUGAAAUCAACCUCUUUGGAAACUUGAUCUUCUUCUUUUUUUUGGCCAUGUUGGAAGCUUGAUCUCUUUUCUUUGGUGAAGUUGGAAACUUGAUCUUUUAUAAGAAAGAAAGAAAGGUCCACCAAUUCCCAAAGUAAGAAAGUAAAAAAUCUAAAAUCGUUAUCAUCUUGAGACAACCAAUAAGAAUGAUGCAUCCGAGUCAGCCAAAGGGUUUAAUAAUCUUAAACGACAAGGGUUCACUCUGUUCUUCCUCCUCCUCUGUUUCUCUUUGACAACUUCUUCCAUGGUGGAAUCACACACAGACUCGGACUCAGGUCCUGUAGUCCCAACAACCCCACUCGUCACUUUCCUCCAGCACGUGCAGCUCACGGCAUUUCGUUCCUACCCUAAAAAACAAAGCGCUGAUCCCAAAUCCUACAUCGAUCUAUCUCUCAAACGCCCCUACACUCUCUCCACCAUUGAAUCAGCCUUUGAAGAUCUCACGAGCGAGUCAGAUGACAUGUCAGUGCCAGUGGAGAAACUUGAAAGGUUUGUUAAACAAUACUUUGACGGCGCAGGGGAGGAUAUGUUGCACCACGAACCAGUGGAUUUCGUCUCAGAUCCCUCCGGGUUCCUCUCCAACGUGGAGAACGAAAAAGUCAGAGACUGGGCGCGUGAGGUACACUGUCUCUGGAGAAACCUGAGCUGCAGAGUCUCUGAUUCCGUUAGAGAGUCUCCUGGCCGGCACACGCUUCUACCGUUGCCGGAACCGGUUAUCAUUCCCGGUUCGAGAUUUAGAGAAGUGUAUUACUGGGAUUCUUACUGGGUCAUCAAAGGGCUUAUGACGAGUCAAAUGUUCACUACGGCCAAAGGAUUAGUGACGAAUCUGAUGUCACUCGUGGAGACUUAUGGUUACGCUUUGAACGGCGCUAGAGCUUAUUACACUAACAGAAGCCAACCACCUCUAUUGAGCUCAAUGGUCUAUGAGAUUUAUAAUGUAACCAAAGAUGAAGAACUUGUGAGGAAAGCUAUCCCUGUGCUUCUCAAAGAGUACGAGUUUUGGAACUCAGGAAAACAUAAAGUGGUGAUUCGAGACGCUAGUGGUUGUGAUCACGUUUUAAGCCGUUAUUAUGCUAUGUGGAAUAUGCCGCGGCCUGAAUCCUCUGUUUUCGAUGAAGAAUCCGCUUCGGGGUUCUCGACUUUAUUAGAGAAACAACGUUUCCAUCGAGAUAUAGCCACAGCUGCUGAAUCAGGAUGUGAUUUCACCACGCGAUGGAUGAGGAAUCCUCCUAAUUUCACAACGAUGGCUACAACAUCAGUUGUACCUGUUGAUCUCAACGUCUUUCUUCUUAAGAUGGAACUCGAUAUUGCAUUCUUGAUGGAGAUUUCCGGGGAUAAAAACGGGUCAGACCGUUUUGUGAAAGCAUCAAAAGCGAGAGAGAAAGCGUUUGAAACCGUGUUUUGGAACGAGAAAGCAGGACAGUGGCUAGAUUACUGGCUUUCCUCCAAUGGUGAUGAGACUGAGACAUGGAAAGCUGAGAACCAGAACACCAAUGUUUUUGCAUCUAACUUUGCUCCAAUAUGGAUUAAUUCCUUCAAUUCAGAUGAAAAUCUGGUCAAGAAAGUUGUGAAAGCUCUUAAGAACUCAGGGCUCAUAGCUCCCGCUGGAAUCCUCUCAUCUUUGACAGAUUCUGGACAACAAUGGGAUUAUCCGAAUGGAUGGGCACCACAACAAGAAAUGAUCGUUACAGGGCUAGCGAGAUCGAGUUCAAAGGAAGCAAAAGAGAUGGCAGAGGAGAUUGCAAGGAGAUGGAUCAGAAGCAACUAUCUUGUUUACAAGAAAAGUGGGACUGUGCAUGAGAAGCUCAAUGUUACAGAGCUUGGUGAAUAUGGUGGUGGAGGAGAAUAUAAGCCACAGACGGGAUUUGGAUGGUCGAACGGGGUUAUAUUAGCAUUCCUGGAGGAGUUUGGAUGGCCCUCUCACCUCAGCAUUGAACCCUAGAAUAAAUACUUUCUAUUAAACCUUAUAUCUAAAGGAAUUAACCACCUUAUUUUAAAAUAAAACUUUAUGAUACUGGUAAAUCUAAAUGUAGUUUCUUUUGUUGUGGAUCAUUUGGGGUUUUAUGUCAGACUGUUAUGUAUAUAGAGUUCCAAAUGUAUUAUGAUGCAAAAUAUAUGAACCAAUUAAACAUAUAA